CGAAUACCAACGGCGACCAUCUCUGAGAUGCAGGAGGAGAAACCCUCGUUGCCGUUUAACGCAAGCUUUGACCCUUCAAACCCACUAGGGCUUUUGGACAAAGUCCUUGACUUUAUUGGGAAAGAGAGCUACUUUCUGUUGAAAGACACGGCGGAUAAAGAGAUCGCCAGUGCUGUUACGGCUGCGAAGAAGAGGUUGAGGGAAGCCGAGGAGGAGGAAGAGAGCUUGACGCCCCUUGAGAAGAAGCUGAAGCCUACGGAACCCAUUGAGGUAGAGAAGCUGAGGAAGGAAAGCUUGGAGCCUACGGAACCCAUUGAGGUAGAGAAGCUGAGGAAGGAAAGCUUGAAGCCUACGGAACCUAUUGAGGUAGAGAAGCCUAAGGAGAGGGAGUUCACGUUUGGUGCCAUUCCUAAGAAAUGGAAUGUCACGCUUGGUGAAGUUCCUAACAAAGGGAAUGGGCUUGAUUUUGAGAAAUACUCAUGGACACAGGAUCACGAGGAGGUCACAAUCACCAUCCCAGUACCUAGCGGCACCAAUCCACGGUAUGUUACCUGUGAAUUCAACACGUACCGUCUGAAAGUUUGUCUCCAAGGGGGGCAACAUACAAUCAUAGAUGGAGCACUCUUCGGUGCUGUGAAUCCUAACGACUGCUUCUGGUAUCUCGAGGAUGAAAAGGUCAUAUGGGUGCUCUUGAGAAAGCAAGACUGGCAUGGAUGGUGGAAAUAUUGUAUGAAAGGGGAGCCUGAGAUUGACACUCAGAAAGUUGACCGGAAGAGCAGUAAACUGGAUGAACUCGACCCGGAGACUCGCAGUAAAGUUGAGAAGAUGAUGUUUGAUGAAAGGCAGAAGCAUGAUUUGAAGAAGAAGUCCAUGUCUCAGAAUCAUUCUCUAAGAAUGCAGAGAGAACCAUGGUUCUGGAGGAAUCUUACGAAUAAGCGUAAGUAGUAAUAUGAUUAGGACAGGAUAACAAGUUGUUGGAGUUUACUCAAGUGAUAUGCUGAUUAUAUAUGUUAGAUCUUGCUCUAAAAAUUUAAUUAUAUAUAGGCUUCUUUGAUGCUGCUCUCUAUAGUUUGACCGUAUGAAUUAACAGUUGACGUGAAUAACUUUUGACUUUUGAUAGAUUGUGAAUGUACAGACAGCAAAGGGUAACGUUUUAAAAAAAAUGGAAAAUGAGACUGUAACACAACAUUGACAUCUCUAGAAGUGUAAUCUUCAUUAAUGUUGUUUUGAUUUGUUCAAUACUACGAACGAUGAGAGAAAAAUAACUGUUGGUAUAAACUAUAAACCAAUCUAAAGCGUUAUGAAACGGUACAGAUCAUUUCUCUGAUUGGUUUCAACUAUAAAGCGUUUUGUUUUCCAAAAACCAUUUUUCAUAGAAUCAAUCUAAAGCGUUUUGUUUUCCAAAAACCAUUUUCAUAGAAUCAAAUUUUAGCUUUUAGUUUUUAUUUUAAAAUAGAUUCCUUAAAAUUUAGAAAAAACUAGUUUUCAAAUUUGUUACCAAGUUAUCAAUAAAAACCAUAAAUCAACUUUUGUGAGUUUUAAUGAAAUAAACGAUUUUGUUUUGUAGAAAACACAACAAUAUUUUCAUAAAGAUAAAAUUCUCAUAAAGUUUUUGUACAUAAGAUAUCACAUAA